GAAUCCUAUCAGACUUUGAAGCACUAAAGAGGUCGUUUGAGGUGGAGGAGUCUGACAUCUCCAUCAACCCCUCCCCUCUGUCCCGUAGGACCAACCUCCGCUCCUCCACCUCCAGCCAGCGAAGCUUCCACGAAGCCCGCAACUCUGACAACCCCUCCAGAACCUCGCCUUCUGACUCCAACCCUUGCUCCCCCAAAACCAGCCUGAGACGCAUGGAGCUGUCCGGGGGAGUGGUAGGGGGCCGUGCCCUGGAUACAGCCUCCACCCGCCGGACCGAGAUCUCUAUUGAGGUGUCAUCCAAGCAGAUUGACAGCUCGCCCAGCCCGGGUAUCGCCCGCUUCGGCCUGAAGAGGCCUGAGGCCCAGAGCCUUGGUUCUCGAGCCGGAGCCGUCCCAGAGAGCUCCACCAGCUCCAGCUCGGCACACAGACGGGCAGAGAUCUCCCUCUCUCGGCCCCACGAGCCCCCCGGGGCACCCAGGAGGGGGGACUCCCAGGCUCCCUCAGCCACCCGGAUCCCUGACCCCCCUCAGAGGAGGACCGACCCCACCAUGGUCAGCCCUGUGGAGGGCUUUACUUCCAGGAGACCUGAGAUGCCUGUCUUCCGACAGCCAGAAAUGGCAGCACCACCUCCGGUCAGGGUGGUGGAGAACAACAGCCACCCCCCAGUGCCCAGUGGCCCCCUGCCCAGCCUGGUGGAGCCCAGGAGCGAGAGGACACAGCCUCCGGUCAGCGAGACUCCCGUCGUCAGACCUAUAGAGAAGUCAGAGGUCACUACCAGCUACAGCAGUAGAGCCAUGUCUGAGGUGGCCGUGCCCGAGAUGAUGAUGCCACCCCCGGCGGUGCCCGCAGCGUGCCAGGUGGAGAAGACUGUGCCAGGUCCUGGCAUGGGGGACUUCAGCUAUGUGGGCAUCGAUGCCAUCCUGGAACAGAUGCGGAGGAAGGCCAUGAAACAGGGCUUCGAGCUCAACAUCAUGGUAGUGGGUGAGUUAACAUGAAGAGAGAGAACACACCCACACAAACAGAUCAACAUCAUGGUAGUGGGUGAGUUAACAUGGAGAGAGAACACACCCACACAAACAGAUCAACAUCAUGGUAGUGGGUGAGUUAACAUGAAGAGAGAACACACCCACACAAACAGAUCAACAUCAUGGUAGUGGGUGAGUUAACAUGAAGAGAGAGAACACACCCACACAAACAGAUCAACAUCAUGGUAGUGGGUGAGUUAACAUGAAGAGAGAGAACACACCCACACAAACAGAUCAACAUCAUGGUAGUGGGUGAGUUAACAUGGAGAGAGAGAACACACCCACAAAAACAGAUCAACAUCAUGGUAGUGGGUGAGUUAACAUGGAGAGAGAGAACACGCCCACACAAACAGAUCAACAUCAUGGUAGUGGGUGAGUUAACAUGAAGAGAGAGAACACGCCCACACAAACAGAUCAACAUCAUGGUAGUGGGUGAGUUAACAUGAAGAGAGAGAACACGCCCACACAAACAGAUCAACAUCAUGGUAGUGGGUGAGUUAACAUGAAGAGAGAAAACACACCCACACAAACAGAUCAACAUCAUGGUAGUGGGUGAGUUAACAUGAAGAGAGAAAACACACCCACACAAACAGAUCAACAUCAUGGUAGUGGGUGAGUUAACACACCCACACAAACAGAUCAACAUCAUGGUAGUGGGUGAGUUAACAUGGAGAGAGAGAACACGCCCACACAAACAGAUCAACAUCAUAGUAGUGGUUGAGUUAACAUGAAGAGAGAGAACACACCCACACAAACAGAUCAACAUCAUGGUAGUGGGUGAGUUAACAUGAAAAGAGAAAACACACCCACACAAACAGAUCAACAUCAUAGUAGUGGGUGAGUUAACAUGAAGAGAGAGAACACACCCACACAAACAGAUCAACAUCAUGGUAGUGGGUGAGUUAACAUGAAGAGAGAGAACACACCCACACAAACAGAUCAACAUCAUGGUAGUGGGUGAGUUAACAUGAAGAGAGAGAACACGCCCACACAAACAGAUCAACAUCAUGGUAGUGGGUGAGUUAACAUGGAGAGAGAGAACACACCCACACAAACAGAUCAAAUUCAAUCAAUCACAUUUAUUUUAUAAAGCUCUUUUUACGUCAGCUGUGCUUUACAAAUACCCAGCCUAAAACCCCAACGAGCAAGCAAUGCAAAUGCCAUACACACACACACACACACACACACACACACAGCACAACAUCAUGGUAGUGGGUGAGUUAACAUGGUGAGAGACGAAUGCAUGUGUACUGUAUAUGAUCAUAGGUUUACAUCAAAUGAGCUCAAGAUCCUGGUCUGCUGUUAUCCAGCCUGAAGAAACACAGGCCAGAAGGUGGUGGUGUGUGAUAGGGACCAGGCUGUGUUUACGGUUAUCCUCUCCUGGGUUAUUCAAGGAGGAUAUAUCUCUAAUUUAACAAGAGGAUCUCUCUAAUUAAGAACGCUCUCAUUUUCACUCACACACAUUUACCCCCCCCCCCCCCCCCCACACACACACACACACACACAGCCUUUUGACACUCCCACCAUACUGACACUCCCUCAUCAGUGUGUGAUGGCUCCUUUUUAAAACGGUAUAUUUUUACAACACACGAGACCAGCCCCUAUAAAACCCCUUUGCCAUGCUGUCUCCACACCACGUCUUCAUUUGAUGAUGUCGCGACUGUCAGUCUGCUCUGUGGGUUCUUUCCGUGGAUAAAACGGCUCACACUACAGCCUACAGGGGUACUUCAAGGAAGGAGGAUGCAGACUCAUCCAUGGAAAAGAAAAUCCAAAACGACCACUUAGUCUCCUGCAGUGUUAAUGUGCACUCAGGUGUAAUUUGUCAUUUAAGUCUGCCUGUGAGAACAGAGCUGUAGGGAAGGAGACAGAAUACAGGACGUUAGGUUAAUGUUUGAAUAUCUCUUCUACAGACUACUCUGGUAUAUAAUAAGUGUACUGAACAAAAAUAUAAAUGCAACAAUUUCUACAAUUUUACUGAGUUACAGUUCAUAUAAGGAGAUCAGUCAAUUGAAAUAAAUUCAAUAGGCCCUAAUCUAUGGAUUUCACAACUGGGCAUGGACACAGCCAUGGUUGGGCCUUGGGGGGCGUAGGCCCACUCACUUGGUAGCCAGGCCCACUCACUGGGGAGCCAGCCCCAGCCAAUCAGAAUGAGUUUUUCGCCACAAAAGGGCUUUAUUACUGACAGAAAUAC